CUACGAUUUUCCGGAUCCAGUCCCGGAAGCCGUCUUUCGCCCGUUGCGAAAGUUCAUCGAAGAGAACUCACUCGAGGACGUGAUACCAAUGCUGUUCUUCUGGGCGCACGGAGUCGGGAACAUGCUCGACAUGCCGGCACUUUACACCUUCCAGAACUUCGGCGUGUCACAUAUUUCCGCCGUCCUCGGCGGGUACAUCACCCCGGAGAAGGGGAUGUACGAGUUGUAUCGGGCAGCGGCCAGAGUUCUUCAUAACGUGCGUUACCAGACCAAAGUUGUCGAGGCCAAACGCUCCGACUCCGGCGUCACGCUCACCGUUCAGCACCUCAACGGCACCCGGGACACCAUCGAAGCCGGGCAGCUCCUUGUGACCCACCCACCAACCGUGGAGAAGCUCCGAGGCUUUGAUCUCACUUCCGAAGAGAGCGACCUCUUCAGCAAGUGGUCCUGGCGCAACUACUACGUGGCGGUGACCAGCAACAGCGGCAUUCCGGACGGCCGAUACGUGACCAACACCAACCCCCGCACGGGGCCGGGAUUCCUUCCCGAGAUGCCCUUUGAGUCCCUGAUCCAGUACAUGGGGGUGCCGGGUCACCCCACCACCAAGAUCGUGGGGCCGAUGAAUUUCACCGCGGAGGACGCCAAGCAGCUCAUCGGGUCGGAUUUCGCUCGCAUGAAGACCGCAGGCACGUAUUCGAUCCGAGAGCCCGAGGUCGUCGCGUUCGCGGAUCAUUCCCCGACGACCAUGAUGGUUUCUCCGGAGGACAUCCAGUCGGGAUUCUAUCGCCGGCUGUAUGCGCUGCAGGGUCAAAGGAGCACCUUUUACACGGGGUUGACCUUCUGUUCGGACUAUUCCUCGCUCCUCUGGGCGUUUACGGACACGAUCCUUGAGAGAAUGCAGCAGGGAUAAGCGGAUCACUGUGGCUUUGGUGCUGUGGGCUGCACCUUAUUUUCUGUUUACUAGAACGUUGAUACUGAUGUACAAGCUUCUGCAGGGGCCGUUGAUGGACUGUCUUCACAGUUGAUACACCGAGACCUCCUCCACUUCUUGAGAUGAUUAGUCAAUUA